AUGAGCGGCUCCGGAAAACCGCUUCUCGGCCUCUGGCUCUACCGUAGCGGCGAAGAAUGGAACUACAAGGAGGAGAGUCCUAUUCCUCUUAAGACACAGUCUGGAGAGGAACCGCAGUCAAAGGACGCUGAAAAAGAAAGGCUGUCCAUCAUAUUUACGUUGAAAAACCAAGUAGGUGGUUUAGUAAGAGCCCUCCAAGCGCUUCAAGAUUUGGGUAUCAACGUGCAGCACAUCGAAUCAAGACCUUCCCAGACCGGUGAUAAUCAGGUUGACUUCUUGGUAGAUAUCGAAUGCGAACCCCGCAAGCUAGAGCAGAUGGGAAGACUUUUGAAGAGAGAAGUGUUGACCAUGGUCAUCGGUAGCUACGGAAGUGGGGAGGAGAAUGAAUUCCCACCACCUACUCCUCUUUCAGCGACUGCUAGUUUCGACUUUGACGACAUGCCCUGGUUUCCCAAAAAGAUAUCCGACAUCGACAACGCCCAAAACGUGCUUAUGUAUGGAGCAGAAUUAGAUGCCGACCAUCCUGGUUUCAAAGACCCAGUGUACCGGAAACGCAGAGAGCAGUUCUUUAGAAUAGCUAUGAAUUAUAAACAUGGACAACCAAUCCCAAAAGUUAAAUAUACUCCUGAAGAAGUUAAAACUUGGGGCACCGUCCUUCGCGAGCUGCAGAAGUUGUACCAGAAGCACGCCUGUAAGGAGUAUUUAGAAAAUUGGCCCCAGCUCGUUAAAUAUUGCGGGUACAGAGAGGACAACAUCCCCCAGCUUCAAGAUGUCAACGUGUUCCUGAAAAGGAAGACCGGGUUUCAGUUGCGACCCGUCGCCGGUUAUUUGAGUCCCAGAGACUUUCUGUCUGGACUGGCCUUUAGGGUGUUUCAUUGCACGCAAUAUAUCAGGCAUUCAUCGGACCCUUUCUACACCCCUGAACCCGAUUGUUGUCAUGAACUACUAGGACAUAUGCCGCUUCUAGCAAACCCAAGCUUCGCCCAGUUUUCUCAAGAACUGGGACUGGCCUCAUUGGGGGCUUGUGAAGAGGACGUUAACAAACUGGCAACGCUCUACUUUUUCACUGUGGAGUUUGGGUUGGCCAAACAGGACGGAGAACUGAAAAUCUACGGUGCUGGAUUGCUUAGCUCUGUAGCAGAGCUAAAUCAUGCCAUAAAUUCCCCUGAUAAAGUAAAACGUUUCGACCCAGACAUUACCUGUAAGCAGGAAUGCAUCAUAACCGAUUUUCAGCUUGGAUAUUGGUACACGGAUUCGUUCGAGGAAGCGAAAGAAAAGAUGAGGACCUUUGCCGAACAAAUUCAGCGACCAUUUGGUCUCAGAUACAAUCCCUACACUCAAAGCGUGGAAGUUUUAAGCAAUGCCCAGAAGAUAACGGCCGUUGUUUCUGAGCUCCGAGGUGACCUUUGCAUUGUGAACAGUGCCCUUAAGAAAAUCAGUGCCAGGGAUUCAACUUUGGACGUUAACCGGAUCGCCAAUUUGUUACAAACAGGGUUGGCCGUGGAAAACGUGGGCCCGAUCGAUGAUAAAUUUAACGAAAGCGGAAAAUGA